GUUAACGGUAACACCAGCUACAUACAUGUGAGUGACGGUGUUGUCGUUGAUACGGAGCGAUGCGGCGGCUGUACGUCGGUGGGUUGAGCCACUCAAUCACCCAGAAGGAUCUGAAGGAUCGAUUCGGAAAGUUUGGAGAUGUGCAGGAUGUGGAGCUGCGGACCAGGAGGGACGAGGAGGGUGUUCCUUACAAAACCUUCAGCUACAUUAACAUCGAGAUCUCAGAUGCUGACCUAAAGAAAUGUCUGACGGUGCUGAACAAAUCCAAAUGGAAAGGAGGAACUCUGCAGAUUGAAACAGCCAAGGAGAGUUUCUUACACAGACUGGCUGAGGAGCGGCAGGCGGCGGUGGAGCAGCGCCUCCAGCCGCCUGCAGCUGAGGACAAGAGACAGAAGCUGCUGGACUCCCUGAGCAAAGCCGGCGUGGACAACUUCACCAUGAAGGCUGCGGUGCCGGGGACCGAAGUACCAGGACACAAGGACUGGGUUGUCAGUAAAUUCGGACGAGUCCUCCCCGUCCUGCAGCUCAGGAGUCAGAAAGGCAACAAAGCUCGAACCAUGAAGUACGACCCGUCCAAAUACAGCCACAACAUCCGCAAGCUGGACCGAAACGCCACAGACCAGUCCACACCUGUCACCCAGCUCACCUGGGAGGUACAGGGAGGGGAUGAUGACAUCAGCAAAAAGAGGCGGGGCGAGUUCCCUCCGUAUGAGCCACCAAGACCCAAGAGGAGUCGGAAAGAUGUGGUCAACUCCCAUAAUGCUGCGGGCAGAACCAGGUUUGAACAGACCGUUCCCUCUGUCAAUCACACUGAGUCUCAUCACUUCACCAACGGAUUUCAACUACCAACCAGCCACCGACCGGCUCAGAGGAAGUGGGCCCCGUUGACUGACGGCGAUGUUGAUUCAGACGAGGAAAUCCGCAGACUGGUGGCGGCUCAGGACACCUCCCAUGGUGCACUUUGUCAGGGAGUGGAGGAGGAUAACCUGGAAGUGGUUGGACUCGACUACUUGGUGAAGCCGGGACGUUCCCAGCAGAAAGAUGAUGAAGACGAGGAUGACUAUGACUCAGCUGACACAGAUGAACUCUUUGCCUCCAGGAAACCUCCUCCUCCUCCUCCAUCACAGGAGAAACAGACUCUGCCCACUGCAGAGCACCUCUCAGGGAACAACACAGACAGGAAGAGAAAGACGAAGAAGAAAACCCUCCCUGUUGUAAAACCCCCUUUGUCAGAAUCAGAUAGUGAUGAGGAUGAUGAAGAUGAAGAUGAUGAGGAGUUAGAAUCAGCUGAUUCCUGUUCAGAUUCUGACUAUGAAGCCAUGUUUUCUAAUGUCACCUGUCUGGAGAUCUCCCUGGCUGAUCUACAGAGGCUAGCUGAAGAAUCCCAGCAGACCUCUGAAACUACACCUCCCAGCAUCCUCAGUGCCGGCCUCGAACAAGAAACUAACCAUAUAUCCAGCCCUGCGGAGCGGCCUGCGCCCAAGAAAGGCACCACGCCAGAGGAUAUCCUCGCCUCCAUCAUGGAGGACGACAGCAGCGAUGACGAACAGAAGAAGAAAAAGAAGAAAAGAAAAGGAGUCACGUCAGCACCGCUGCCUGCCUUCCAGGGAACAAAAACAUUGAGCGAGGGAUCAGAAACAAACGACUUCCAGAGGAGACACAAAGAGGAGGAGGAGGAGGAGGAGGAGGGAAGAGGAGGUGCCGUCAAAAAACAGAAGCUGGACUCUGAAGUUCCUCGAGUCGACUGCAAAAUCAGCAGGACUCUGAGCGAACAGAAACACGUAGAGGAGACGACAUCAGAGAGCAGUGAGGAGGAGGAGGAAGAGGAGGAGGAAGGGGAGGAGGAAGGGGAAGAGGAAGGGGAAGGAGAGGAAGAAGCCAAAGCUGCAGCAAAGGCUUCACCUUCAUCUUCCAGCUCCGCCUCUGAGGAAGACGAGGAUGAGCAAGAGAUCAUCUCUGCUGAAGGUGUUGGGAAAAAGGCAACGCCCCCUGCUCCUCACAGUGAGUCCUCCUCCAGUGAGGAGGAGGAGGAGGAGGAAGAGCGGGCUCCUUCCAGGGUGACUUUAGGAGCUGAGGAGGAAGAGAAGCUACAGAGAAAGGCCAACGUGAGGAGACUAGCUGCCAUCCAGCAGAGACUCAAAGAGGCUGAAGAACACAAGAAGCUCAUCCAGGGAGCUCUAUCCAACCUGGAUUCCUCGACACCAGGAGCAGGGAAGCACAUUGUCUUUGGCUCUGAUGAGGAGGAUGAUGAUGAUGAUGAAGACAAGCGGCAGACAACCUCAGAGAUCACAAUGUCAAAGAAGACCCUGUUCCAGGACAGCCAAUCGGAGGACGAGGCCACAAGUGAUGAGGCAUCAGCCAAUGAGAACAAGACAAGAAAAGAGAAGAAGCCGUCGGGGCCUCAGCUGUUUGGUGGCAGUGAGGAUGAGGAGAAUGGCGAUGAAGAGGAGGAUGGCGGGAGGUUUGAAAUCAGGCCUCAGUUUGAAGGUCGAGCAGGUCAGAAGUUGAUGGUGCUGCAGUCUCGCUUCGGGACAGACGAGCGUUUCCGAAUGGACUCUCGCUUCCUGGAGGAGGACGAGGACAAAGGCGAAGAGUCAGAGAGGAAGAGGAGCGUGACAGAUGAAGAUGAGGCUCUGGAGGAGGAGAAAAAGAAGAACCUGUCCAUCUUGCAGAGCGUCCUCGGCAGCAGCCAACAAACCUGCAGCAGCAAGACUGCCAGCAAAGCCAAAACCUUCAGAGAUGUCUCGGCGCUGCAUUACGACCCCAGCAGAGAAGAACAUGCUGCAUUUGAGACCAAAACAGAUGAAAUCAAGGAGAGCAAGUCAGCCAGAAGGAAAAAGAGGGAAGAGGCUCAGAAGCUUCCGGAGGUUUCUAAAGAGAUUUAUUUCGACGUGUCCGGUGACCUGAAGGCCGUGUUUGGUCAGACAAAAGAUGACGUCGCUAGAGGAGAAGAGAAGACAAACUGGGACCAGGAGGAGGAGGAGGAGGAGGAAGGAGGAGGGAAAGAUGAAGAGCCGACCCUGCUGUCAUCUCUCGUCUCGACUCAUCCCAGUGCAGAGAAUGAUCUGGAUGAAUCAUCUGGAUUUAAGUUUUCCUUCUUUGGAGAUGACACAGAAACAGGAAGUAAAGAGACAGAGUACAAGGUGGAGAGCAUCCAGGCUCCAAAGGUGUCAUGGCAACAAGACCCACGUUUCCAUGACAGUUCGGAGGAGGAAGAGGAAGAGCAAGAGGAAGAUGAGGAGCAAAGCAACACUACUGCUAAAAGCACAGAAGAGGAGACUUCUUCAAAGACCGAUCUCUUCUUCUUCUUUUACCCUGAAGACAGCAGAUUGACAGAGGGUCCCAGGUUGUUCUUUCGUUCAUCUCAGCUGGAGGAGCAGAGGGAGCAGUGGGAGGAACGCAGGAGCGCACUCAGACAGGAGUACCGCAAGAAACAUAAGGAUGCCAGGAGGAAACUGAAGUCCUCCCUGAAGAGCUGAGGAUUGUGGGACAUGAAGUCUG